UCGUCUCUUGUGUCCGCGUUCAAAAAUGUUCGGUCGCAUAUCCCUCGCAUUCCUCCUCGUCACCGUCUGCGCCUUCUUUUGCGCCCAGUCCGCAGAGGCCGCAAAGGGCCCCAAGAUCACACACAAGGUCUACUUCGACAUCAAGCAUGGCGACGAAGACAUGGGUCGUGUUGUCAUGGGUCUCUACGGCGGUUCCGUCCCCAAGACCGUGGAGAACUUCCGCGCUCUUACCACUGGCAAGGACAAGGACGGCAACGAACUCGGCUACGGCUACAAGGGCUCCAAGUUCCAUCGUGUCAUCAAGGACUUCAUGAUCCAGGGUGGUGACUUCACCAAGGGUGACGGUACUGGUGGCAAGUCUAUCUACGGCGACCGCUUCCCGGACGAGAACUUCAAGCUCAAGCACACCGGCCCCGGAACGCUCUCCAUGGCUAACGCAGGCAAGGACACCAACGGCUCUCAAUUCUUCAUCUGCACGGUCGUCACCAGCUGGCUCGAUGGCAAACACGUCGUCUUCGGCACCGUCCUCGAGGGAAUGGACAUCAUCCACAACAUCGAGAACGUCCCCAAGGGCGGCCGCGACAAGCCCGCCGUGGACGUCAUCAUCGCCGACUCGGGCGAGCUUCCCAUCGACAAGGUCUUCGACGACGAGGGCAAGGAAGUCCCUCUUCACGCUGAGCUUUAGUAGGAUAGCAUUUUCUAAGCUGUUAGAAUUGCUAGGAAAUAGAAUGUGCUUUUCAUCGUGGCG